CAAUUUAAAAACAACGGAGAAAUGCAGAAGCAAGGGUUUUGCAAUUGUAACAAUGGAGGGGCUGAUUUCUCUAAAGUCAACAACUGGAAUUUCCUUGCAGUCUUUUCCUUCCUUUAAUCAGCUGCCCAAGUUCUCAAUGGACCUUUCUCUCCGUCGCUCAAAUUUUCCCGCCAUUCGAGCCCAGCAGCCCGAGACGAUAGCCCCGAAAGGGGAAGAGGGGGAGAUGCUUUGAAAGUAAAGGAAUGGGAAGUUGGAAUGUUCCAAAACGAAGUCGCGGAAAGUCAGGGUAUAAGAAUACGGCGACGGCCUCCCACUGGUCCGCCGUUGCACUUCGUGGGUCCCUUUGAGUUCCGUCUGCAGAAUGAGGGCAAUACUCCCCGUAACAUACUCGAGGAAAUUAUUUGGAACAAGGACAUCGAAGUUUCCCAGAUGAAAGAGAGGAAGCCUUUGGUUACAUUGAAGAAGUUUAUCGACAAUGCACCUCCGACUAGAGACUUUGUUGGAGCGCUUAAGGCUGCGCAUUCGAGGACGGGAUUGCCUGGUUUGAUUGCCGAAGUUAAGAAGGCUUCCCCUAGCAGAGGAAUUCUGAGAGAGAAUUUUGAUCCAGUUGAGAUAGCACAGGCAUAUGAGAAGGGUGGAGCCGCUUGUCUCAGUGUUUUGACUGAUGAAAAGUAUUUUAAGGGAAGCUUUGAAAAUCUGGAGGCAAUAAGAAGUGCUGGAGUUAAGUGCCCCCUACUGUGCAAAGAAUUUGUGAUAGAUGCUUGGCAGAUCUAUUAUGCUCGAAUCAAAGGAGCAGAUGCAAUACUUUUAAUUGCUGCUGUUUUGCCUGAUCUUGACAUCAGAUAUAUGGUUAAAAUAUGCAAGAUGCUUGAUUUGGCCGCGCUAAUAGAGGUGCAUGAUGAGAGGGAAAUGGAUCGUGUUCUUGGUAUAGAGGGGAUUGAACUUAUCGGUAUCAAUAAUCGUAACCUUGAAACAUUUGAGGUAGAUAUCAGUAACACAAAGAAGCUUCUUGAAGGAGAGCGUGGCCAAUUGAUCCGUCAGAAAGAUAUAAUUGUUGUAGGAGAAUCUGGGCUAUUUACACCGGAUCAUGUUGCUUACGUGCAAGAAGCUGGUGUUAAAGCGGUUUUGGUUGGGGAAUCAAUAGUGAAGCAAAGCGACCCUGGCAAAGGAAUAGCUGGACUUUUUGGUAAAGACAUAUCCGUGUGAGUUUUAAUAA